AUGGACAAUUCAACUGAAACACUGUUUUUUCUGCAAGGACUGAAUGAGACGAUGUCAACCAAACACGCAUACUUUGCCGUCACUCUUCUCGCUUACCUUUUUACUAUUCUAGUGAACCUGACUUUGAUCGUGACAAUUAUUUUGGAGAAAACGCUCCAGGAUCCCAUGUUCAUUUUUUUGUGUAGCUUGUGUGUAAAUGGGAUAUUUGGGGCCUGUACAUUGUAUCCAAAAAUAUUGGUGGACCUUUUAUCUGACUUCAGUGUUACUUCGUAUGCAGCUUGUCUGAGUCAAAUGCUUGCAGUAUACACCUACGUCAUCUGCGAAGUCAAUACAUUGGCGGUGAUGGCUUACGACAGGUAUAUCGCGAUAUGCAAGCCGCUCAAUUACCACUCCAUCAUCACCCCUCAGAAAGUGAUGAAAUUGGUGCUUAUAACUUGGCUUUUAUCCGCCUGUGAAUCAGCUUUUGCGAUGGGCCUGGUGGCCAGACUACCUCUCUGCGGAUUCAGCAUCGAGAAGAUUUACUGCACAGUCUGGGCAGUGGUAAAGCUGUCAUGUGCUGAUGUUGAUACCAUUAUCAACAACAUAUACGGGACUGCUUUCUCGGUUUUUCACUUUUUACAGAUAAUACUAAUUUUGAUUUCCUAUGUUAAUAUCGUCAAAGCAUCUAUGCGAUCACAGGAAGAUCGGAAUAAGUUCAUGCAGACCUGUUUGCCACAUUUAAUAUCAUUGACAAAUUUCACAGUCGCAGUCUUAUUUGACCUCAUGUACGCUCGCUAUGGUUCUAGCACUCGUCUGCAGGCUCUCAGCAAUUUCAUGUCCCUGGAGUAUCUAGUUAUUCCGCCGAUCCUAAACCCCCUCAUCUACGGCCUGAAAAUGAACCAGAUCCGCCGGAGAAUCUUUAGAAUUUGUAACCAGAAAACAGAUGUUCUGAAGUGA